AGCAACGAGAAGUCGGGAGCGAGGGAAGGCUCAGGCGGCGGCGAGGAGCGGAGGCACGCCAUGGGUAACACGCUGAGCUGUUGCGUGUCCCCCAAUGCCAGCCCCAAGCUGGGCAGGCGCUCGAGGCCGGCGGAGGAGGACUACGAGUCUGAGGUCUGUGUGGCUGCGGCCGGGGACACGGUGGCUGUAGCGCCAGCGCCGGCGGCUGCUGCAGGGGAGCCCGCGGAGUUGGAUAUCGGAGCAGGCGAGGGACACCACCUGCAGCACAUCAGCGACAGAGAGAUGCCCGAAGAUUUAGCUUUGGAAUCAAACCCUUCUGACCAUCCAGGGCCAAGCACAAUUUUCCUGAGCAAAUCUCAAACGGAUGUGCGAGAAAAGAGGAAGAGCAGCCAUUUAAACCAUGUAUCUCCAAGGCAGCUUACUAAAAAGUAUAGCUCAUGCUCAACCAUAUUUCUAGAUGACAGCACAGUCAGCCAGCCUAAUCUUAGAACCACAGUAAAAUGUGUGACUUUAGCAAUAUAUUACCACAUAAAGAACAGAGAUGCAGAUAGAUCCCUGGAUAUUUUUGAUGAGCGAUCACAUCCACUCACACGAGAAAAGGUUCCAGAGGAAUACUUUGAGCAUGACCCUGAGCACAAACUUAUUUACAGAUUUGUUCGUACUCUCUUUAGUGCUGCACAGCUAACAGCUGAAUGUGCAAUAGUAACUUUGGUUUACUUAGAAAGGCUUUUAACUUAUGCUGAGAUCGACAUUUGUCCCACUAACUGGAAAAGAAUUGUCUUGGGAGCCAUUCUUCUUGCCUCCAAGGUUUGGGACGAUCAGGCUGUAUGGAAUGUGGACUACUGCCAGAUCCUCAAGGACAUUACAGUUGAGGACAUGAAUGAGAUGGAAAGGCAAUUUUUGGAGCUACUUCAAUUUAAUAUUAAUGUUCCUGCCAGUGUGUAUGCCAAAUACUACUUUGACCUUCGUUCCUUAGCCGAUGACAACAACCUGUGUUUUCUAUUUGCUCCUCUUAGCAAAGAAAGAGCACAGAACCUAGAGGCUAUUUCCAGAUUGUGCGACAACAAAUACAAUGACUUGUGCAGAGCUGCUAUGAGAAGGUCUUUAAGCGCUGAUAAUUUCAUUGGCAUUCAGCACUCUAAAGCCAUCCUCUCUUAAAGGGAGAAAGGAGGGGUUAUAACAUUAUGAAUCCCUCAUCUACAAAGGCUGGAGAAAUAUCACCUCUCCUGCUCAAAAACCAGCAAGUUAGUAUUUUUACCAAAAGGAAAGACAUCGAAUUCAAGAGACUCAUGGACAACGAGGAUUACACUCCAUAGGAAAGAAUGGGACAUUGUCAAUGCAACAACACACUCUUCUGUCCUUUUUAAUGUAAACAGAGUUACAAGAACCACUCCAAAGCAAAAGCUCCCAACCCACACACAGAUAUUGCAGGUCAAUAGCUGUGAACUAUGUGAGGUUUUUUAAAUUAAUUAAUUGUUUAAAUUUUUUAAAAG